AUGCCACGUAAAGCCACUAAAAGCGCAAGUGCUCCAGCCCCCAGGAGCAAUUCUAAACGUCCUGCACCGGAGGUUCCAGCACGGCAGUCUAAGAGAGCACGGGCUACCGCAAGGAAGUCUUACGUCGAGCCUGAGAGCGACACGGAUAGCGACGGGAACAGACCCAAGACAGACGUCGCAUCCGACGGUGACGAGGAUGACGUUGUAGCAUCUGACUACGAGGAACAUAGCGACAAGGAUCCAUCGUCGGAAUCCGAGCACGAUGAAACCGCCAGUGACGACGAACCUGAGGGCAAGCGAGCAACUCCUAGAGGGCGCGAAACCAAGAGCCUUGCCAUACACAAGAAGGUCGCUGGCGAGAAAGAGCUAUGGAAACCCGGUGCGAAGCUCGCACCAGGAACGCAGCUGAUCAUCAAGAAACCAAAGGCUCGAGAUGCAGGCGACACGCCGUACUUGGAUCACACAAUCCACCCAAAUACUAUGCUGUUCCUUAAGGACUUGACGGCUAACAAUGACCGCCAAUGGCUGAAGCCUGACGUCUACAUCGUAGUCCAUGACCCUGACUUUAGAGUUUCAUUCCAGGAUUUCACCACUUUUGCGGAGAAGGUAUCUGAGAAGAUAAUCGAGGCAGAUGAGACCAUCCCAGAGUUGCCUGUCAAAGAUGUGGGACGCAAGGGACCUUACGCACACUACUACAUCCAGGUGCAACCCAAUGGUGGUAGCUUCGUAGGUAUGUUCGAUUCUCCUCUCUUCGUCUUCGCGGAGACACCCGAGCCGCGAGCUGUCGUGGAACUCAAGCGCAGUGGUGGCUUCUGGCAGCCUGACGCGUCGACUCUGGCCAAACUACGACGCGACAUUGAUCGCAAACCGCACAAGAUCAAGGCCGUACUAACGAACUCUGGUAUUCGAGAGGCUUUCCUUGGUGGAGUCAAAGAUGACGAGAAGAAGGCUGUGAAAGCUUUCACGAGCUUGUCGAUGAAUCAGUCGAAUGCUCUGAAACGCAACCCAAAGGGAUAUGACCAUGACCACAAAGAUAUCGAACUUAUGCGGCUCCGCAACUACACCAUGGGGCGGAAGCUCGCAGACGAUGAAAUUGUUGGUUCUGGGGGCUUGGAGCGAGUGGGUGAACUCAUUGCCAGUCUGGUACCCUUUAUCACCUAUCUGAACAGCAUCGCGAUGCCCGACGACGACACGUCAGACUCGAGCGAGGACGAAGGAAGCGAUGCCGAGCCCGACGAUGACAGCAACGCCGCAGAGGAUGACGAGGCUUGA